ACUGUCUGUGAUCCAAGCUGUAAGUGUUUGUGAAGAUGAGCUGGAGGGGAUUUUGUGGGCAUUAUUAUGAUGAAAUGACCAUUUGAGGAUGGCAUUUUUGAGUUUGACACGUCUACUGGAUACCCAUGUUGGCAUUUUGUUGAAAUAACAAUGAAGUGGAGUUUGAACAGCAGCUUUGCCUGGAGGAUUACUUUUUGAAAUGUUUGUACCAACUGGGUAAACCAUAGUCGGCAAUGGGUGACUUUGAGAAGAUCUGGCGGGAGCACUGUGAGGAUGAGCAGACACUUAGUGAAUAUGCUUUUGCCAUGAAAAAUCUUGCUGACAACCACUGGGCCAAAAACUGUGAAGGAGAAGGACGUAUUGAAUGGUGUCGAAGUGUCUGUCAAGAGUAUUUUUUGGAUGGUGGAAUGAAAAGAAUGCUUGAAAAAGAUGCAAAAAAUGCAGCUCAUGCCAUGAGUGUGACUAAGGCAUCGGCAAAUGCGGAACCUAAUGGUAUCGUCCAAAGUUCAAUACCCACGCUGGGCAAAAUGCGCCUUCUUGAUGUAGGAAGCUGCUUCAACCCUUUCUUGAAGUUUGAUGAGUUUCUUACAGUCGGCAUCGACAUUGUGCCUGCAGUUGAGAGUGUGUACAAGUGUGACUUCCUCAACCUUCAGCUCCAGCAGCCCCUCCAGCUGGCGGGUGAUGCCGUAGAGACCUUCCUCCGCCAUCUCCACAACCCUAUCGACGCUCUGCCAGCUCAGCUUUUCCACGUGGUGGUCUUCUCCCUGCUCCUUUCCUACUUCCCCUCACCAUACCAACGCUGGAUCUGCUGCAAGAAGGCCCACGAGCUGCUGGAACUGCACGGCCUCCUGCUCAUCAUCACGCCCGACUCCUCCCAUCAAAACCGCCACGCGCUCAUGAUGCGCAGCUGGCGCGUGGCAGUGGAGUCGCUGGGCUUCAAGCGUUACAAAUACGUCAAAUAUUCCCACAUGCACCUGAUUGCGUUCCGUAAGGUGUCUGUGGCCACCACCACCGACCUGGUGUCUCGUAACUACCCCGAGAUGCUCUUCAUCCCUCAGGACUUCCACUCCACUGAGGAGGAAGACUGUGCCGACAUGCCUGAGCAGGUGCGCUCUGAUCUCGAGGAUGACCAGCUGGCUUGGGGCUUCACCGAGCUCCCCGACACGCUGUAUGAUUCUGAUUCCGGAGAAAGCCAGAGCAGCUCGGUGCCUGGCUUCCAGGAACUGGAGGACCCCAUCCUGCUGCAGAGCUAGACCAGCCACCUGUCUGCACCCCUUCAACUGCUGCGCUGCCAAAUUUAACCUGCUGCAUUCUCUUCCCUCUUCUCUGCCCUCUCCUCAUAAAAUGCAGUUUGCACAGUGUGAAAGAGAAGAGUUUGCCGAUGUCUGUGCUCUUCUCUUGCACGUACAUGCACACACAGACAAACAAGAUACUGAAAUGGAUGUAUUUUGAUAGUUGGAUUUUUUUUUCUGAAGAGCCCUGAAGAUGUAUCUGUUUAUCCUCUCAUGUCUGAACAGCUGUCAAUAACAAAAGUCACCUGAUCUGCAUUGUCUGCUCAGUCUCACUUUGAAUAAGUUAGUACGACAGGCUGCCUAAACCAAAUCCAGCACCCCAAGCAGCCUGGAAGGUGUUUGAUUGCACUGGAGAGACUGAGACGGAACAACUGGUGCGCUUGCUUCUGACAGUCCUGCAACUUGACUUUAUUAUAUUGCUGUUGUGAUUUCAGUUAACCAGGAAAAACAAAAAAGUUGAUUGUUUUCAAAUAUAUAGUGUGUACUAAACAGUCAAAACAUUGGUGUUGUCCAGUGUAAAUGUGUGGCAGUGCCCUUUUAACUAAUCUCUGAAUGGUUUGUGUAUCUUUUCCAACAAAGUGAUAUUUGUAGCAUUUAAACAUUUUCAGAGCUGUAUAGUAGAAGUAUUACUAGGUUUACCAAUGUGAAAUUGUAACUGUCUUUGCCAUUUACUUUUUUUUUUUAAGAAGGUACGAGUGUUUCAGAGUAGGUAUUUCACUCCACCCCCCUCCUGGUGGUUGUCUGAUAUUAACACAGAUGUGUUUCUUAGUGAAUGUUAAGGAUGUUUUAGUAUACAAACGAUAAAAAACUGCAAAGCAGUGCCCCACAUCCAAUAUAGCACCCGUGACCUAGGACACCAUUUUAUAAUGUUACUGUGAAAAUAUGUCAUCCGUCUUAAAAAAAAAAAAAAAAAACUACAUCUGAGCUCUUCGCAGUCAGAUAAUUUUCGACGGAUAUUUGCACUUAAGUACGGAAAUAGUUG